AUGACCGCGCUAUUGAUUUUAAGAAUUAGUGGUGGCUCCCUUUUAAAUAAACCAAACCAAAUGUAUAUUGAGAAAUAUGUUGGAAAUGUUGGCUCAGAAGAACGAGCUUGGGAUCUUAAUCAUUAUCUGGAAGAUAUCGAACGAAUUACUAACCUAAAAGAACUCUUUAAGUAA